CCAUCCAAAUGCUUCCAUCAAUGAAGUCUUAUAUCAAUACAAAUUGAAUUUGAGAAAUGUAUCGCAUCAAAAAGACAUUGAUAACAAGUUGCGAUGCUAUGCUGGUAACUUGUUAAACGAAUCACCGGAGCUUUUCAAAAAGGGCAAGAAAAAGGCGACUAAUAAGAACACCAUUUGUAGUAAUUAUAGAACAAACAUCGAUUCAAAUCAUGGAUCUGUUACAAUUAAUAAUGGUGUCAUUGAACGUAAUAGCUCAAUAUGCUCUUUCUUAUAUGUCUGCAGUGCUAACUAUAGAUGCAGAAAGACAGACCAAAAAACUCAAAACAAUUGAUCACACUGAUGAAAAUCGCUGCUGGGAAUUAAAAGGCGAAGAAGACAUUUGGGUGGCAUGGCGUCAGUACAUGGACAAAUGUAAUUGCCAUGAAAACUGCCUGGAAAAAAGCCAUAUCAUUGAAUGUAACUAUUCGAUAAAAUGCAACCCCUCAACCCCAAAUGAGCUCUACGAACUGCUUGGCCUCGACCUCUACAAAGUAGAAAGUCCAUUUUCUGCCUGCCUUAAUUACGUUGAAGAAGUUUUUCUUUCAAAUGGCAAGAUCAAAGAAGUAGUUGAAAGCAUUAAAUUUGGCGAUACUGCCUCUAUGUUUUCCAGAGAAUUCUUUCUUUUUAUAUUAACAGUAUUCAAGAAAAAGCUGAGAGGCGGAAUCGCUUUUAGUGAAGCAAAUUUCUGUCACCGCUUGUUGUGGCCACUUGUCGAAUUUGCAGUCGACCACAUAGGUGGUGAAGAUAUGUCUUUUGUAUACGGAGAGUACACUCUUCUUUCUUGUGAUGAAGAAUAAAAGGCUGAUGGUGCGGGUCUAUAUAAAGAAAACCUCGAAAUUUGCUUGCUUGAAGAUGUUCCUAGAUUUGCAUACAAUUACAUCAAGGGCUGCUUUAGAGCCCUCAGCAUGCCGAAUUCGGUCACAAAGAGAUACAUCAGAACCAAAUUUGAGAGCGUUUUGAGCCUCAAAAUACCAUUUCUUCACGCUAGA